AUGGAACAUGGAAUUAGAGUCUCAGUCUAUUUCUCGCUUUUCCUACUAUUUUCUUCUCUCUUUCUUUAUACACUCUUCUUUUUACACGUUCUAUCACAUUUUUGUAAUUUCAAAUUGCUAACUUUCAAAGUGGACGCAUACUUGCCGCAUUAUAAAAGCCGCAGUAUCUUUCGUCCAGUUUUGUUCUUUUUUCUAGUUUUGUACUGUUUUAAUUUCACGUUUCAGAUCAGAUUAGUAUUUAUUGUUGCAAUGACUAAAGCUGAGCAGAUUGUCGAAAACCGGGAGAAGAAGUUGCAUAAUACUAUGCGUGAAUUGAAAAUUCAAAAACUUUGCUUAAACAUUUGUGUUGGUGAGUCGGGAGAUAGACUUACUCGUGCAGCUAAGGUUCUUGAGCAAUUGACUGGACAAACACCCGUUCUUUCCAAGGCCCGUUAUACCGUUCGAGCUUUUGGCAUUCGUCGAAACGAAAAGAUCGCUGUUCACUGCACGGUUCGUGGCUCAAAAGCUGAGGAGAUUAUUGAUCGUGGUUUGAAGGUCAAGGAAUUUGAACUUUAUAGAGAAAAUUUUUCGGACACUGGCAACUUUGGGUUUGGUAUCCAGGAACAUAUCGACUUGGGCAUAAAAUAUGAUCCAUCAAUUGGAAUCUAUGGAAUGGAUUUCUACGUUGUCUUGGGGCGUGCUGGAACUCGUGUUGCUAAACGCCGUCGUGCUAUUGGACGUAUUGGAUCUUCUCACCGCGUUACCAAGGAGGAAUCUGUUAAAUGGUUCCAACAGAAGUACGAUGGAGUCAUUCUGCCACCGAAACCGAAGGAAGCUCGUAAAGGAGGUGGUCGUCGAAAGCGUUAA